UUUGAUUGUAGGUGUGACUGCAACCCGAUUACCAGUGAUCAGCCCUCCUGCAGCGGAGUGAUACAGUUUAGGGUCCAAAUCCUGUUUGUUGUAUUCUAUAAGGCACUCCUGAACUACCACCUGCGAAAUCCACACGAUCAUCACUACUAUUGUAUAAAGUUGAUAUCAGGUUUGGAGCCGCGUAUAUGAGGAUGGCAGCAGCUUCGACAGAUGCGGAGCAGGGGUCCACGAAGAUCACCCCAGAAGCGCUGCAGGAGAUGCUCCAGUACUAUAACCUGAGCCGGCAGGAGUUCAUCAACACCUACAACAUCGAGCCGCUCGUUUACAUCCCCGAGUUACCGCACAGUGCCAAAAUCACCUUCGUGAUUGUGUACAUGGUGAUCUUCGCCCUCGCUUUGGCUGGAAAUAGUUUGGUUAUCUAUAUAGUUUUGAAGAAACGCGCGACGCAGACAGCGACGGAUGUUUUCAUCUGCUCUCUGGCUGUCAGUGAUCUGCUCAUCACUUUCUUCUGCAUACCUUUCACUCUGCUGCAGAACAUCUCGUCUGAAUGGUUUGGGGGGGUUCUGGUGUGCAAGACAGUACCCUUUGUGCAGACCACAGCCAUAGUGACGGGGAUCCUCACCAUGACGUGCAUCGCCAUCGAAAGAUACCAGGGUAUCGUCUUCCCGUUGAGGAUGAGGAGGCAGUACUCGUCAAAAAGAGCAUACAAGAUGCUAGGGCUGGUAUGGAUUGCCUCAGUGGUGGUGGGCUCGCCAAUGCUGUUCGUUCAACAACUGGAGGUGAAGUACGACUUCCUGUACGAUCACUACCACGUGUGCUGUCAGGAAAGUUGGACCUCCACCACUCACAGGCAGGUGUACACCACAUUCAUCAUGGUGGCUCUGUUCCUGCUCCCUUUGGCAGCCAUGCUGUUCCUCUACACACGCAUCGGCAUCGAGUUGUGGAUCCGCAAGAGGGUGGGCGACUCGUCGGUCCUGGAUACCAUGAACCACAGGGAGAUAAGCAAGAUCUCGAGGAAAAAGAAAAGAGCCGUGAAAAUGAUGGUCACCAUCGUGCUGCUGUUCACCAUUUGUUGGGCACCUUUCCACACAGUCCACAUGCUGUUUGAGUACUAUGACCUGGAGAACAAAUACGACGGCGUCACGCUCAACAUGAUCAUUGCCAUCGUUCAGGCCAUCGGCUUCUCCAACAGCUUCAACAACCCCAUCGUGUACGCCUUCAUGAACGAGAACUUCAAGAAAAGCUGCGUCACCACUCUCUCCCACUGCAUCCGAAGGCCCCACCAUCAAGGCGGCGCUGUUGUGGCGCCCAGACUCAGCGUGCAGUUCAUCAAACCACACAGCAGGGAAGCCUUCCUGGGGUCAGACGAAGGCAACAGCUCGAACCAGAACUCGGGGGAGAAAGGCCAUCCGAGUUCCUCGCAGAGAGAGAGCACGCUGGAAGUAAUCGGAGAGAAGAUCUCCACCAUCCAAACAGAGCUUCCAGCAAACAGCACAGAAAAAUGAAUAAACGCCUGAUUCAAAGCUCGGGAGCUGAACUUGUUUACUGGCACUUGACUCCACCAGCUGCACCUACAUCAGAUGCAAAAUGAAGUCUAACUGUUGUGAUUUUAGAAUUUAAAGCUUAAAAAAAAUCACACUGCUAUGCCAGAGAUACGUUUUUUUUUUUACUCUGGUUGAAAGAGCAGCGGAGAGGAAAAGGAAGCAAUGACUGCACUGGGAUAAUUCAGAUUUGGCUGUCAGACACUGAAAGACUGUCAUCUGAAUUCAGGAAUAAUUGCCUUUGGGAUGCUUCAGAAAUCUGCAGGAGUGUCAGCCUGUCAGUACGGCUGUACUACGAUACACUGGGAAACAUUUUACAAAUGGAAUCUACUUCAGCUGCAACGGAUGGCAGAUCUGCUUUUGAUGAACUGCUCUGUUUGGAUGAGUUCAAGUCAGCUAUCAAACAUGAACCUCAGCAAAGUUCAGGUUAAUUCAAUGCAAAAUGUUUUAUAAAGGAUUUUUUGUACCUUGAGAAGAAUUUUCAUUACUUUAAUGUUACACUGAAAAGGGCGUCCUUGCAAACCUCAACCUUGCAGAGAUUUUGAAAGGUAAAGGGUGAAAAA